UGACAAAUCGCUCAUGCAUGUGUUCUCUUCCGUGCUAAAUUUCUCUCUCUUUUGGCUGUAACGAGCACGCAAUGGCGUCAAUUGCAGGGAGUAAACGACAAAUAGAAGAUCGUACAGAUCCACCCGACAAGAAAGCAAAAAUGACUCGUGAUGAUUUAAGGAUCGUCCUACUGGGAAAAACCAGAGUUGGGAAGAGUGCGACUGGAAACACCAUCUUAGGGAGAGAAGCAUUUAUUUCAGAUGUGUCUCAAGAGUCAAUUACUAAAGAGUGUCAGAGAGAAACAGCUCAAGUCAAUGGCAGAUCCAUUACUGUGAUCGACACUCCUGGACUGUUUGAUAAAAGCAGUCAAAAAGGGAUCCAGAGUGAUAUCACAGAGUGCAUCUCAAUGACUCUGCCUGGGCCACAUGUGUUUCUCUUACUGAUAUCAGUGGGACAGUUCACUGUGGAGGAAGAAAACACAGUGAAGAAAAUUAUGGAGACAUUUGGUGAAAACUCCCUAAUGUACACUAUGGUGCUCUUCACCAGAGGAGAUGAUCUAAAGAAGAAGACCAUUGAAGAGUAUCUGGGUGCACCUGGAUCUGCUCUAAUGAGCCUCAUUGAACAGUGUGGAAACAGAUACCAUGUGUUCAAUAAUAAUGAGACCGGAGACCAUAUGCAGGUGACUGAACUACUGGAGAAAAUUGAUGGUAUGGUGGCAAAAAACGGAGGAAGUUUCAACACAUUUAAAAUGUUCAGACAGAUGGAAAGAGAACAAGAACAACAAACAAAGAUGCUUAUGAAUGAAAUAGAACAACUGAAAAAAGAGAAAAAUGAACUUAUUUCCAAACAUGAAGAAGAGAAAGAAAGUAUAAAGAUGAAGAUGGAGGAAGAAAAAAAGACACUUCAAAAUAAAUUCCAGAAUGAAAAAUUGCAAUUUAUGAAUUCUAAUCCCCAAUUUCAAACUAUGGAGAGUGAAACAGAGAGAAGUAAAGACAUAGAGAACAUGAAAAUGUGCUGUGCAAUUUCUUCUCAGGUAAGUGAUAACCUAACAUUUUUACAUGGGUCAGGAGCAACUGGAGGAUUUAGAACCAUUAAAAAAAUCCUAUUUUUUUCCAUUUACUAUUCACAAAUUCUGCAGUUGUUUACUUUUACAGUCUACACAUAUAAUCUGGGGGCGAUGCAGAGGCGCAGUAGGUAG